AGCUUCUGCUGCUGCCGCUGGACCGUUUCGUCAGUGAGAUCUAAUUCGUGCUCCGGAGAUACUGCUUGGAACCAUUACGUUGUGGCCUCGUUCCUGCUGGUAGUGACCAUUUCCAGCACGUCAACGACGUACCCCCGGCUCCCAGUGGCUCAGAAUGCGACGCAUCGUCGGAAGUCUUCAAGUGGCGGUGGUCUUUGCCAUCUGUUGCGCAGAUUCAAUUUUCGCCUAUUCGCCCCUUCCACUCGAGGCGGUCCUCGCGAGAGUAAAUCGGGUUCCACAUUCGCUUUCACGGGGAAGCCAAGAAGCUAACCCUGGAGACGGUUACAGAGGAGCGCGCAUCGUUGGCGGAAGCAAGACAACUAUCGAGGACGUUCCUUAUCAGGUUUCGCUACGGUAUUUCAAUAAUCACAUCUGCGGAGGAUCCAUCAUAUCGCACUCGUGGGUACUGACGGCUGCCCACUGUCUGGAUUGGUAUCCCAAAAACAAUGAAAUUUCAGUCCGUGCCGGGAGCACCACCCAGUCGUCGGGAGGAUCGCUGCAUGCGGUGUUCUAUUACCAUUUGCACGGGCAGUACGAUGCGGUGGAGUUCCAGUGGGAUGUGGCCACGAUUCGCGUCCGAACGCCUAUGGUGGCGGGUCCGGGAAGGGUCGCCAUUUCAUUGCCAUCGACGGACGAGUGGUCGAUCGGGACGCCCGUUACGGUGACGGGAUGGGGUCAUCUGGCAUACAGAGGCAAGGUCGUCGAGAACUUGCAGAUGGUCCGGCUGGAUGUUGUUUCGCGGGAGAUUUGCAACCAGAGUUGGACCGGCUACAUAACGGCAGACAUGAUUUGUGCCGGCGGUGUCGGGAAGGAUGCUUGCAAUGGGGAUAGCGGUGGACCGGCGGCACAGGGUGGAGUGCAGUACGGCAUCGUGUCGUGGGGCGCCAUCGAGUGUGGGAACGGUCUGCCGGGAGUGUUCACCAAUAUCGCUCAUCCGUCGAUUCGGAAUUUCAUUCGCUGUACCACCAUGGUGUAAUUGUGUCGAGAAAUGAUGCGCUUCUCGCGAAGACAGUUGGUGAUGGGGACGAUGGGACUGUGGAGAUGUAUGCUAGGGGGAUGGUUAAUUAAGAUAAAGAACAUCGCAUGCUGUCGGAUGGAAUCUCAUCCUAAAAGUAAUAAAAACACGCUCGAAAAAGCACAAGAAUCUCUUCACACAGUUCGAUGAGGUCAGUCCGUUUGCGAAUUCAGAAAUGAAAGACAAACUCCUUGCUGUAAAGUAGACAUAUUCUUCGCACUUUUAUAGCAAGUCCUGAGCGAAAAAUCGCUCAAUGUUAGAAUCGCUGAUCAAAGUCGCAAAUAGAAAUGGCAUGCACAAGAAGGUCAAACUACCUCCCGAACUGAGCCUUUGUUUUACACAGGGUUUGUCAGGCAUUUGAAUCUUUGAGAUACACCACCUUCUAUGGCUAUCACUCGUUCACUCGUUUCAUUUUCUCCAAGGACACAAACAUAACCCAAUAAAAUAA